AUACAACCUCAGAACUAGCGAUCGUGCGCUUUAAGGUAUUAGGGGUACAGAAUGUAAUAAAGUUGACCGACUAAAAUUAAACCAAGUGCUGUAAGCAAUGGAGUUUAGUUCAAGUCUGCUUGGAAAACCGUCUCAUGAAGCACUGAUCAGAUUACAAGAUUAUGAAAUCAAACUUUUAGAGGUCAUCAAAAAAACCAUCCUGGGUCGAAUUGAACAUGAUCGGAAAUAUUCCAACAUGCUCUCGCAGCUCGCCAACCAUGGCUUGAAAAUUGAAAACUCAAUGUUCCAAAGCCCGAUCUUCAAUGCAUGGAAGGAAAUAGUGCACAGCAUGCUACAAACCAGCCAUUGCAUCAAGAAGAGUGCAGAUUUCAUGCAAUCCUCCACCUUAGAUAAAGUGACUGCACUUAUAAAAGACAAGACAACAAUACGCAAGAACUACACGGAAAAUCGUGAAAGAAUUGAUCAUAAAUUUGUCAAGACGAUUCAUACAGAGUUGGACAAAAAGCAUUCCAGCUACAUGAAACUUGAAACAGAAGUAGCACAAGCUCAUAAAGCUUAUGAUGCUGCAGUGGAAAAAGGUAAAUUCAAUCCAAUUGAAAAAGCGCAAGAUAAAUACAGGAAGACUACAAUGAAGCUUCACCAUGCUCACAAUGAUUACACAUUACAGGUUAUGGAAGCCCAAUUACAUCAACACCAGUACAGGAACCAAGUUCUUCCAGAACUAUUAAGCGGCAUGCAACACAUGGAAACUGAAUGUGCAGAAACUUUGAAACAGGCGUUGCAUGAGUUCUUAACGUACAGCUCACCGUGUCGCGAAGAACUGGUGUCCUGCCACAAGGAAGCAGAGAACGCAGUCAUGAAUAUUGACUCACAUCAAGAGUUUGAUAGCUUUAUUCAAACUCAAAGAACUCCAUUGGAACCAGAAGCGAACAUCACAUAUGAAGUAAUGAAGGGGGAAGCAGCUAACUUACCCAUGGGUCAGAUUGUUUUAAACAACCUCAGUAUGCAAGGGGUGGAGCAUAUAGCACAAGGAUACCAAGAAGAUUUAGAGCAAGUACAGAUCGAGAUUGACGACUUAAAACAGACGUUAUCAGGCACAGAAGAAGAUAUUCGACAGUUCAGUCAAAACUUACCUAAUUUAACUCGAUUCUUUUCAUCCAAGCACAUCGGGCUUAUAAGCAAGCAACUAGAUUGUACGAAUCUAAAGAGACAGCUCACUGAGCAGGAAAACUUACAACACAUGCUACAAAACUUGCACUACCACGUACACCAUGCCAUACAAGAUCUGGGUGACCAAGAUCCACCUGUAGGACUUUAUCUACCUGAGUUAGACACCAUAUCAACUGCUUCUAGUAGUUCAAGUUAUGAACCUAAACGAACAGUGGAAGGGGCUAAGAACUUUAUGCUCAACAAAGUCAAACUGAACAUAAAAAAUAAACUCAAGUUUAAAGAUGACGGAGUCAAAAGUCCCAUGGACCAAAGCAAAACAAUCAAGGAGCAAACUUGGUUUCACGGGACGAUCCCAAGGACUGAAUCGCUCCGCCUCCUCCAGCAGGAUGGAGACUUUUUGCUUCGUGAGAGCAACAACUCACUUGGUGACUUUGUCCUCUCAGCAAAAGCGGAUGGCCAAGUUCGUCACUUUAAAGUUCAAGUUACCGAUAAUGGCAUGUACAGAUUCGAGGCCGACCAGUUUCCGACAGUUCUUAACCUCAUUUCCCACCAUUAUCAAAAGCGUGAACCUGUUACGAAAAGAACUAACUGUUUGCUUCUUAACCCUAUAUGUAAGGAUAAGUGGCAACUCAGCCAUGAUGAUUUCACAAUUGAUUGCAAGAUUGGCCAGGGCAACUUUGGUGAGGUGUACAAAGCUCUAUUUAUUCGUGAGAAUUAUUAUGUUGCUGUCAAAACGUGUAAAGAAACAGUGGAUAACAACACAAAGGAAAAAUUCCUGAUGGAAGCCAAGAUUUUAAAAGGUUAUGAUCAUAAGAAUAUUGUGCGACUUAUAGGAGUGUGUACAGACCGCCAACCAAUAUAUAUUGUCAUGGAAUUUGUCUCUGGUGGUGAUCUUGUAAAGUAUUUAAAGCAAAAUCAGCAUGAACUUUGUCCAAGACACUUGGUUCAGUUCUGCCAUGAUGCUUGUAUGGGUUUGGCAUAUUUGGAGGACAAGAAAUGCAUUCAUCGUGAUGUUGCUGCUAGGAAUUGCUUGGUAUCCGAUGAUUUGGUUGUGAAGAUCACAGACUUUGGGAUGUCCCGAGAGGAAGAGGAUGGUGUUUACUCUGUAAAUGGGCACAUGAAAAACAUCCCGAUGAAGUGGACUGCUCCUGAAGCCAUGAAUUUUGGUACGUUUACCUCUGCUAGCGAUGUGUGGAGCUUCUCAAUUUUAUCAUGGGAAAUAUUUAACUUUGGAGCAUUGCCGUACCCCCGUAUGACCAACCAUUCAGCAAAAGAGAGGGUAGAAAAAGGUUACAGAAUGCCACAACCACCAGAAUGUCCAAGCAGUUAUUACACAGAGGUUAUGCAGAGGUGCUGGGAGUAUGAACCAAAACAACGUCCAAAAUUCGCCGAAAUUGUUGUGACCAUAGACAGGAUAAUGAGAACUCUAUCGUAAUGAAAUUAUGAAGACCCUUUUAAUUUUCUUACAUCUUUUUUUUGUUAUGCAGUUCUGUAUGUUAUGCAUAUUCAGAUUUUGUAAUUAUUUCCGUUAAUUGUCUAACCACUGAUUCCGUUUGCCUGAGGUGCCUUGAAAGGCAGUUUUUUGACACGAUUAAUUUUGUUCCUAUAAUUCUUCACUUUCAUUACUGCACUUAAUGUAUGCCACCAAAUCAUGCCAAUCUAACAAUAUGCAUUUGUAUCGUACUGACAGUUAUUAUUGCACUUUCAAAAGUUUCUGAUACGUAAACUGCUAAAACUUAAUUUUAUUCGCAAUUGCCCAUCAUACCAUGUUUCUUCAACGUUGUUUUAAUAUUAGUCCAAUUGAAUCACGAUUGCACGUAUUUAUUCAUGUUAUCCCAGAAAGUGAACAGUUGUGAUCAUUUUGUUAAAUAAAGAAAAAAUAUGUUUA